AGCUAGCACGAGGCCCAAGGGUGGGAGCUGGUGCCUGGGGUGGGGGUCGUCUAGGGCUUAUCCUCAGGUCCCGUGGGUGAGGCGGCGAGUCGGACCGGAGAGUCAAGACCAUGUCCUGGUGAGCUAGCGGGCUUCUCUGGGGGGGCCCAGCGCGCUCCGGGAGCCUGCCGGUUUUGGGGUGUCUCCUCCCGGGGCGCCAUGGCGGCACUGGCCAGCAGCCUGAUCCGGCAGAAGCGGGAGGUCCGCGAGCCCGGGGGCAGCCGGCCCGUGUCAGCGCAGCGGCGCGUGUGUCCCCGCGGCACCAAGUCCCUUUGCCAGAAGCAGCUCCUCAUCCUGCUGUCCAAGGUGCGACUGUGCGGGGGGCGGCCCGCGGGGCCGGACCGCUGCCCGGAGCCUCAGCUCAAAGGCAUCGUCACCAAACUGUUCUGCUGCCAGGGUUUCUACCUCCAGGCGAAUCCCGACGGGAGCAUCCAGGGCACCCCAGAGGACACCAGCUCUCUCACCCACUUCAACCUGAUCCCUGUGGGGCUCCGUGUAAUCACCAUCCAGAGUGCCAAGCUGGGUCACUACAUGGCCAUGAACGCUGAGGGGCUGCUCUACAGCUCGCCACAUUUCACAGCUGAGUGUCGCUUUAAGGAGUGCGUCUUUGAGAAUUACUAUGUCCUGUACGCCUCUGCUCUCUAUCGCCAGCAUCGUUCUGGCCGGUCCUGGUACCUGGGCCUGGACAAGGAGGGCCGAGUCAUGAAGGGAAAUCGAGUCAAGAAGACCAAGGCAGCCGCCCACUUUGUGCCCAAGCUCCUGGAGGUGGCUGUGUACCGGGAGCCUUCUCUCCACAGUGUCCCUGAGACCUCCCCUUCCAGGCCCCCUGCCCCCUGCCAUGCAGUCCCCAGACUGGAGGCUCCCUGCCCUCGCCACCACCACAGCCUGUCUCCCAGCCCUGCUUCUGGCCCUGCUCUCACCCCUGCUGCCACGCUCAUGCCCUGAGCAGCCAGGUCCCACCAGGUGCUCUACCCAGAGGGAGCCUAGGGGCCGGCCGUGACUUCCGGGGCUGCUGAGACCCUUAGAUCCUUGGGCCCGGGAAAGGGGUCAGAGAGGGGGAUGUCUGAAAAUGGUCCUGGCUGAUCACUUCUUUCCUUCCACACUCACACCCUCCAAAGCCUUUCCCCGAGAUGGUGCGGGGGGUUCCAAAACUGACAAAACCAGGGCAUAAAUCUUCCGCACCCCGGGCUCAGCCAGUUCCUGGAGCCCUUUGCCCUUUUCAUGGCCACCAAGCCAUAGAUUUAUAGGUCCACUGGAGCUCAGGAUUAGUUUCCUUCUUUCC